AUAAUGCAGUCUUUCACUGCUUUCUGAAGACAUUUGAUACAAUAAGCCAAGAACAUGGUUUUGCUGCAGAGGAUUUUAUGCCUAUUAAAAUCCCCCCAUCAUCAUCUUCUCUUGUUUUGAUCAGGCUGCUUGCUCAUCUAAUGUCAUUGGGCCUGUGCUGCCCUUCAGUCUAAAGCACUGGACUAUUUUAGAUGAGACAAUCUGUCUUUUGUUGUGUACGUUGUGUUGAAACAGGGGGUGCAUGCCUGAGGCACAGAAGGAUCCAGAACAUCAGCUUGGUGAAAGAGCUCUCUUGUGAAGAACAGAACUGAUACGGCCAUAGAUUUCAGAGAAUCAUAGACGUAUUUAACCAUUCUCUACCAGUAUCCCGCUUGUUUGAUAUUCAGGAGCAUGAGUGGCAGAAACCGGGCCUGUGCUUCAGCCAGUCAGGUGUGCCGUGCGUCGUCCUUCUCCAGUCAGCCACCUCAUGUGCUGAUAGUUGACACGUCACCACCUUGGUGGUCAGAGACACGUUCUGUCCUGUGUGAGGCCCUUGAGAACUUCCUCUCUUUGGCAAGCAGUCUGGAGGGACCAAGUCGCGUUCCUCUGCUCAGCCUCUAUGCAGUGAACCUGCAGCAGGAGUGUCUGCUGCCAUUUGUGCAGGUGAAGGGAAAUCUUGUGCGUUUACACUCAUGUGUGGAGGAGCUGCGUUCUCUGCCUACGGAAGGCUGUACAAAGCCACAUGUCGAGCUUCUUAAACAGUCAGUGCUGGACAGCCUGCAGCAAUACAAACAAUACAUUCGCCAUGCUAAUCUGGGAAACAACCUCUACAGCAGCUCUAUAGAGGUGACAGUAGUGAGCAGUGAGCCAGGACAGGCUGUACUCAGGCAGCUGGAACAGGGCCUGAAGGACUGUGACCUGGUCAGACUGCGACGGCUGGUGGUUGUCCACAUCAUCUUGGAACAGAACCUUUCAGACAGAGAAACAACCUGGAGCCCAGAGUCCUGCUCUGUGGAGGUCAUGGAGCAGCCAGACGAUGAUCUGAUGCUAGGGGCUGAGAUGGACUUGCAGCUAGUGGAGAACAGUGUGGUCGCUGUGGAGAACAUUCUAAAAGCAUGGCUUCAUGACCAGACAGGAGACAGAGAGCACCUUCAGCUCCUGUUACCUGCAUCUAUUCAACCAAAACCCACUUCUGCUUACAGACCUGAUGCUGUGUGUAUAAAGUGUGACAUGCAGGAAAGGCUUGUGAGCCCAGCUCUUCUCCCCUUUACGCCUGAGCUUGGAGCCAAAACCGAGAGCAUCCGGGACUUCCCUCCAGCAAGCAAGAGCCAGUCCAAUCAAAAAUCAGGACCGCAGCGACUCCGAGUCAUCAAAGCUCUGCGUGCAGAAGGAGUGUGCCAGUCUGUUCUGUACGGCCUUCCACUAAUCAUCAGACCAACAACUUGCUGGCAGCUGGACUGGGAAGAGAUGGAGAGCAACCAUAAGGCCUUCCACGCUCUCUGCCACACACUCCGAACCCGUGACUGGUUUCUCUUAGUGCGGACAGAGACCGAGUAUCGUUCUGCAUCCUGUGCGUUUUCCUACUACGUGCUCCAGUCUUCAGCCUCCCUCUCUCUCUUACUAAAACCUGUCCUCACGCGAGAAUUAAUACUGCCUUGCAAUCUGCCUAUCUUGAGCGAGGACCCACCACUCAACACCCUCAAUAUGGUGGAGAGGAGUCUGGAUCAACUGGAGACAGAUUCUGUGUUUAACCCUCUGUGUCUGGGCUGUAAUCUCUACCCAUUCCUGAGGAUGAGAGGCCUGCUCUCUCGCUCCUACAGCUCUCGCUGUCAGAGCCAAGCACGAGGCCAACGAAGAGACACAAACCGACCAGCAGAGGGCUCCACACCUCGGCAGUUGCAACAAGGUCGUGCCAGAGCCAUGGUUGCUCCUCUGGCCUCUGCAACCCCAGCCAAGAUGUCCCGCCCCUCUCAGACCCUGAGCCGCUCACGACCCUCCCUUUGCUUUGUGGAUGACGACGUGGAUAACGAUCUUAUGAUGACGUGAGAGUAAAAGGGCUACAAUACUUUGAUGCCUACCAUUCUGCACAAACUGUUCUCAUCCGGUGGUGUUUUUGGUUAGAUACAUAAUAUUAGCUUAAAUUAGAAUAAGCUAAUACACUGCACCACACCAUGGUAGACUGCAGACCCAACCUUAUAUAUAUAUAUAUAUUUAUAGCACAGAAACACACUUUCACUUCUAAUCAGAGCUGGUUAUUUGUUUAGUGUGUGUGGAAGUUCUCUAAGCAAAUGAUAACAGAAGAUAUCUCCAAAUAUAAACAGACUAACUGACAGAAGUGAAGGAAAUUCUGAAGCUAGAUACUUUUGAGUUAAUUAACUAUUCACUCAUCCCCAUCAUUCAAGUCCUACGGGGAAAAAAAAUAUAUCAGUACUAAUACAGAGAUCAGUACUACAGUCAAGGCAGCCUAUUAAUAAUUCAAAACAAUUCCUAAGCACCACAGUUUUUAAAUGAGUCAGUGAUUGGACAGGGUUUGUUCCACUCACUGGUCUCUAUUAGCUAUUAGAGGACAACAUGGCAGCCUCACAGUGCAGCACACACCAGCUGUUUAUGCGUCUACAGCUGUUAAACAUUAGAGAAGAUAAAAUGCCUCAUUCUUUGCUAAAAGACUGGGAAAAAAAUGAUAGACACUGUUAACGCCCCUACUUUGGCCCUAGAUGGUAAGAACAUAACACAUAAAAUAAAGCAGUUUAAAAGCAAGUUUAAGUGGUAUAGGAGAGCACAUAAUGUCGUGCUCCAUCAUGCACGAGAACACACUGAAAAUAUAUUCAGCACGAGGCCACAAUGAGAGAGUGCUGUGCUGAAAUUCAGAGGGCUGCUUUUAGUGUAAUGCUAUGUAGCAUUAUAGUUUUGAGGGUACAGAAGGGAAUAAAAGAGUUUCUGGAACUUGAUGUCAAGGCCACGGUGUUACUCAAUGCCACUGCCUGACUGAGACCCAUCAGUAGUGCUUCAUUAACAUUUCCGCUAUUCCACCCACCCAAUUCCGCCUACACCAGUGUCACUAUGACUUCAUUUUGGGGUUAGAUAUUAUGCAAAGCCCCAACACAAAUGAGAAUCAUUUUGUAUAAAGUUCUCAUUUUCCUGUUUCAUAAAUGAUUUGUAAAAAAAAAAAAGAAGGAGGGUGGGGGGGUUAACAUUUACAAGGAAGCAUUUUCUGAUUGUUUUACUUGAAGUUUUUGCCCAGAGUGCUUCUACAUCUGAGUCUACCUAAUGGCAUAGACACGUGUUCUCUCCUGGGCCAGAUUGCAUGUGGAUUUGUAAUGUCUAUGUAGUGUUAUUUAGACUCCAAGUCAAAGUCCACAGCAACCUUUUUUUCCCCAUAGAACUAAUUCUACAAAUUGAACUAAAAGCUCAAAGAGAUUGAGACAAUAUGUCUGGGCAUAUGUCCACAUAAACAACAGGCAUGUAAAUGUGUUUUAUUUUAAGAGUCUGUUGCGUUACAAUAAAGCACUUCCUUUCGAAUACCACUGCAUUAAGGAAAGGAGGUCAGUGCAUUAAUGCUUUUUUUUUGAUGAUAAUUGAUAUU